UCUUGGUGGAAGACUUCAAUUUUAUUUAAUACAAUAGACCCAAUUUUCUCUUCUUGAGUUGUACUUGAUGUGCCAAUUUUAUUUCUUUUUCUCAUUUAAAAAAGAAAAUGAAUGAUGAUUUUUGACUUCGCUUACUGAUCAUGGUCAUCCCUAAGCUAUUCCUUUUUCCCCCUUUUUUGUUAAACAUAGAUAAUGGGUAACAGGUGAUUAGUCAAUGCAUUGUCAAUAAAAAUAGUUCCACUCCAAGUCCUUUCUCAAGCUUUGAUUUUUGAGAUUGGGAAAAUAUUUUCAGUUUGAAUCUCUUCUAAGUGAGAUUUGAUAGCUUGUGCUAAAUGGGUUUUCAGCAAUUCAAAAUUUCAAACUGAAAACAGAAAGUUUUUGAGGCUUUACUCGGAGAUGAAUCCAAAAAUUCUGGUGUUUCUACUGGUUGUUUCCUUCCACAUUUGUAGCAUAGCAGCACUGACAGACAGCAAUGAUUUUACUGCAAUCAAGGCUCUUAUGGAUGUUUGGGAAAACACACCAAAUAGCUGGGAAGGUACAGACCCUUGUGGAGACCAAUGGGACGGCAUAAAGUGCACCAAUUCACGUGUGACUUCCAUAACAUUGGCAAGCAUGGGAUUGAAAGGAGAGCUGUCUGGAGAUAUCUCUAGCUUACCAGAACUUCAAAUUCUAGAUCUAUCAUACAACAAGGAUUUGGGAGGACCUCUGCCAUCAUCAAUUGGGAAUUUGAAGAAGCUUAAAAACUUAAUUCUGGUGGGUUGUAGUUUCUCUGGUCCUAUCCCCAGCUCAAUAGGAUCACUGCAGCAGCUGGCUUAUUUAUCUCUAAAUUCUAAUGCCUUCACUGGAGAAAUUCCACCUUCAAUUGGCAAUCUAUCUGAACUUUAUUGGUUGGAUCUAGCUGACAAUAAGCUUGAAGGGCCCUUCCCGAUCUCCACAGGGACUACACCUGGUCUUGAUUUAUUAGUUAAUACAAAACACUUUCAUCUUGGAAAGAAUCAGCUCUCGGGUAGAAUCCCACCUGAACUUUUCAGCUCAGAUAUGAAUCUCAUACAUGUUCUGUUUGAAAGCAACAAGCUGAUUGGAAAUAUUCCUUCUACCCUCAGCCUUGUGAAGAGUCUGGAAGUUGUGCGCUUGGACAGGAAUUCAUUGACAGGAUCUGUUCCUUCAAACCUCAACAAUCUUACCAGUGUCAGUGAGUUGUUUUUGUCCAACAAUAGAUUGUCUGGACCUCUUCCCAACCUUACUGGGAUGAAUGUUCUCCAUUACUUGGACAUGAGCAAUAAUAGUUUUGAUGCAUCAGAUUUUCCUCCUUGGAUGUCCACCUUAGAGUCUUUGACAACAUUAGUCAUGGAGAAGACACAACUUCAAGGACAAAUUCCAGCUAGCUUCUUCAGCCUUCCGCAGUUACAGACUGUGGAUCUAAGUGGCAAUACACUCAAUGGCACUUUAGAUAUUGGAACGAGCUACAGUGACCAGCUUCAACUCAUUGAUUUACGAAACAAUCUCAUUUCUGACUAUUCUCCAAAAACAGGACAAGAGCAAGUUGAUGUGAUACUUGUGGGCAAUCUAGUUUGCAAGGAAACAGGAGUGUCAGCAAGUUACUGUACUAUUCCAACACCUAAUUCUCCAGAUGUGUUACUACCAAAUAAUUGUGAGCCUAUUCCCUGCAGUUCCAAUCAGAUAUCCAGUCCCAACUGUAAAUGUGCAUAUCCGUACACAGGACUUCUAGUUUUCAGAGCUCCAUCAUUCUCAGACUUGGAAAACACAACAAUUUAUAUGUCUCUCCAGCGGCAUCUAAUGGAUUCUUUUACUUCCAAUGAACUACCUGUGGAUUCAGUUUCGCUAAGUAAUCCGAGAAAGGAUUCAUCUGAGUACUUAGAAUUAAAACUUCAAGUCUUUCCAUCUAACCAAGAUCAUUUCAGUCAAGACGUUAUUCCUCAAAUUGGGUUUAUGCUAAGCAACCAGACUUUCAAGCCUCCAAAAAACUUUGGACCUUACUAUUUUAGAGGAGAUUCUUAUCAGUAUUUUGCUGUUGCUGGAAAUAAAGGAUCAAACAACUCAUCAAACACUGGCAUUAUCAUUGGAGCUACUGCUGGAGGUUCUGCCCUUGUUCUAUUGUUGCUUCUUGCAGGGCUUUAUGCUUACCGCCAAAAGAAGAGAGCAGAAAGAGCAAAUGAACGGAACAAUCCUUUUGCACACUGGGAUUCAACUAAGAGCAGUGGUGCUGGUGUACCUCAAUUAAAAGGAGCCAGAUGCUUUUCUUUUGAAGAGCUUAAAAAGUACACCAAUAAUUUUUCAGAAGCAAAUGAUAUUGGUUCUGGGGGUUAUGGAAAGGUAUAUAGAGGAAUCCUUCCCAGUGGAGAAUUGAUUGCCAUAAAACGAGCUCAACAAGAAUCAUUGCAGGGUGGGCUAGAAUUCAAAACUGAGAUUGAACUUCUAUCAAGAGUGCAUCAUAAAAAUCUAGUAAGCCUUUUGGGAUUUUGCUUUGAGCGAGGUGAACAAAUGCUCAUUUAUGAGUUUGUGCCAAAUGGGAGUCUCAAUGACAGUCUCUCAGGGAAAUCAGGAAUCAGGUUGGACUGGAUUAGGAGACUUAAAAUAGCUCUUGGCUCAGCAAGAGGUCUAGCUUAUAUGCAUGAGCUUGCAAACCCUCCCAUUAUCCAUAGGGACAUAAAGACCACAAACAUUCUGCUGGAUGAACGCUUAAAUGCGAAAGUUGCUGAUUUUGGCCUCUCCAAGCCUAUGAAUGACACUGAAAAGGGUCACGUUACCACUCAAGUUAAAGGAACAAUGGGUUAUUUGGAUCCGGAAUAUUACAUGACUCAGCAGUUAACUGAGAAGAGUGAUGUUUAUAGCUUUGGAGUUGUGAUGCUGGAGCUAUUGACUGGAAGAAAGCCAAUAGAACGUGGAAAAUACAUAGUGAGAGAGGUAAACAUGGCAUUCGAUAGAACAAAAGAUUUGUAUAAUCUCCAUGAGCUUCUGGACCCAGGAAUUGGUCUAGAAACAACACUGAAAGGUCUGGAUAAGUUUGUGGAUCUGGCAUUGGAAUGUGUAAAAGAGUCAGGAGCAGACAGGCCCAAAAUGGGUGAAGUAGUUAAAGAGAUAGAGAAUAUACUCCAGCUUGCUGGUUUAAACCCCAAUGCUGAAUCAGCAUCUACUUCAGCAAGUUAUGAGGAAGCAGGCAAGGGAAGUCCUUGUAAUCCUUACAGCAAAGAGGCCUUUGAUUAUAGUGGGGCAUUUCUACCUUCAAAGCUAGAGCCUCAAUGAACAUCAUCAAAUUCAAAUUUUGCAGUUGUUCAUAGUUUGAAAUGUUUAAAAAAGCACUGCAAUAUGCGCUGCUAUUUAUCUUGUCUAGUCUUGUAUGCAGCUUGUAAUGAAUUAGAACUGAAGUUGAAUUGAAUUCUUUGCUUAUGAAUAUUUAGCACAAGUGUUUGUAUCUAAGGUAGGUAGCCGAAACGAGGAAAAACAGAAAAGAUGUAAACAGAUCAGCUAUGCUGUAGAAAUUUCACAUUCAUUUAGUUGUUUUUCUGCUA